UGGCCUUAUCUCACAAAGUACAAUCAUCAUGUCCUGGCAACUCCGGGAAACUGUCGCAGUCCCAUCCGGGGUGUCUGCGGUAUCGUUCGGAGCAGACGAUACCGUGAUCGCUGGUUCGGAGGACGGCUCUCUGAGAUGGUACACACUUCCCUCGACCAAAGUCGUCAAGGCGAUCAAAGCGCUUGGAGAAGAGAUAGCGUCGAUAGCAUAUCAACCCCCUAAGAAGUCAGAACAAGGCAGCAUCUGGGUUGCAAGCGGUCGCCGAGUACUAUCUUUUCCUUCAGACACGUCGAAAAUGAUCAGCACAAUACAAGAUGCAGUCGUUGUGGUUGACAUUGGCGAAGAUGACGACGACAUUCUCAACGAGCUCAGCAUCAGUGAAAACGGAAAAUACCUUGCAUUCAGCUCAGAUUCUGGUGCCGUCGGGAUCAUGGACCUUUCAUCUAGAUUAGUGACGCGCAUGAAGAGCCGCCACACUACGGUUUGUGGUUCCGUGAAAUUCAUACCAGAUCGCCCUAGCGAGAUUGUUAGUGGCGGGUUUGAUUCCGCUAUCUUGCACUUCGACAUAGGGCAAGGUAGCAUAUUAUCACAACGUGAUAUCACCGCACCACCGCCCUCCGGGGGAAUCUCGCUUUCGCCGCCAUUCGUGCUCUCCUUGUCCGUCGGCCCAUCUGGUCUGUUUGUUGUCAGUACGGCGGAUGGCCGAGCAUGGGUGGGUGGAGGUGGAGAAAAGCGCUCCGACCGCAAGAAGAAAAGACCACGAAGAUGGGAAGGUCUCAAGGAAGACGAUGGCCUCUGGUUGCAAGUAGCCGAUGGUCCCAUCGUUGGAGCUGCAUUCACGCACGACGACCGCUUCCUUACGUGCUCACUUCUAGGAUCACUCGCCGAGUACACUCUGUCCCGGGGCGCAGAUGGGAAACUACGAGCGGAGCAGAGGUGGAGCGCAUCCACGCAAAGCUUGGAGAAGGUGAACGCCAUCGCCGGCAGCCAGUCCCGGGUAGCUGUAGCCGGGUUCGGGAAGGAUGGCAAAGGAGUGAUCGAGAUAUGGCAUACCGUCCAGGACAUGCAGUAGCAUCAUGCAAUCAGACAUGCCCACGAACCUUGACGUGCAUAUAUCAGCCUG